CUCACCUGUGCACAUGCAUUUGAUGCUCUGACUUCUGACAAAUAUAAAGAGAAGAAUGCAGACUCCAGCAUUAACUCUCCUCAUCUUCACUGCAGUCCUAUGGGGCAGCACAGAAGCCUUUUCUGAUGAAGCUGUGGACUGCUGUCUGACCACCAAAGACACACGUAUACCAAUGCAAAUCCUUGCAUCCUACUUCCAUCAAACAACAGAGAAUGGUUGCCCCAUCCCAGCUACCGUAUUCAUCACUAAAAAGGACAAGAAACUGUGUGCUCCUCCAGCAGAGAGACAUGAGUGGAUUAGAAAGCACAUCUCACACCUCGAUAGGAAGAAAAAAACACAUCAGUAGGAAUACAGACAGGAAUUGACCCCUGAUGACCCUGCAGCUGCAUACACUCAUCAGUUGUGACUUUGAUUGACUAUUUUAAGUAUUUGGGAAAUUCUGCAGAUGUGAUGGAUCACAGAUGUAUGGCAUUCAAACUUUGUAAAUUAAAUAAAUUAAUGGCAUUUCAAUGCUGAUAUGUUAUGUGUGCAUUGUAACAUGUUGUAGAUCACUGUAGCAUUUAUGAACCUCAUGCAUGUGCAUGAGUUGCCCUGUAUUUGUAUUUUUUGGAAAAUGUGUUUUAAUGAAUGU